AUGUGUCCUUCGUAUACCUCAAGGCCAAUGCAUCCAUGCUGGAGGAUGUUGAUGAUGGUGUCAGCCCUGAUUCCAACAUCUGGGCUGAUACACAAAGAAAGCUCCAAGCCGAUGGAGAUCCUUGAUCUCCUGGCUGACAACUCUUCAACAGCUGGUGGCUGGAAUUUCUGUGCCAACCAGUGGGAGGAGUGCGUUUGCCACGGACGAGUCAGGUGGGGCUACGGUCGAACAUGGAAAGUUAUUGACCCUCCUUUGCACAGCUCUUCACUCACAGUCAUGUGCAGCAUCAAGCACUUGCAGGAUGUCCUGCCGGGUGAGAGUCAGAAGCACUGCCAGUGUCAAGGACAGGUGAUGAGCAAGCACUCCUUCAGUAGCGAAUCAACAGCCUUCACAGAAGGUGGCAUCUCCAAGAUUGCGCUAAAAGAUUCUGACUGGAUCUUCUGCUCCAACCAAUGGCAGGAAUGCCAGUGCAACAAUCACGUGAGGUGGGGGAAAGGAGAGAGAUGGAAAUAUCUUAGCCCUAAAAAGCUCGGCUCUUUGUUUUCGGUGAAGUGUGAUGUGAAUGCCCUUGGAGAUCCUGUGCCGGGAGAGGACGGGAAGCACUGUGAAUGCCUCGUGGCACGCGGGAGCCUCUUCGAGAGAGAAUUGAAUCCGAUGUUGCUGAGCCAGAAAGCUGCAGAUAGCUACGGCGCGAGAAUCAUUGCUUCCUGCGACAUUUUUGAGGCUGGAAAAGCAAAUGGUCCCGAGGGCCGAGCGCAGUGGCAAGCAGUAGAGCCAUUCUGCUCAAAGGCUUGGGAGGAAAAAGCCGAAGCUGACCGUUCACUUCAUUCAGGUCCUCGAAGACUUUCCCUGGGCUCCUUGCAGAAGCUCAUGCAAGCUCGGGUUGAUGCCCGCUUUGAGACCAAUUACCUGAAACUGGUCGACGAGGACGGCUGGUUUGACAAGGCGUUUGUCAAUUAUUUUGCUGGAGCUCCUGGAAGCAAGCACGCCAAUAUGACCGAGCAGCUUAUCCGUUCAGUUCACAUGUUCUCCGAGAAUCCCAUUGUUGUGCUGCACCUUGGCAGCCGGGCUCCUGACACAUGGACACCAAAGCGCUUCCCUCGUUUGCUUUUGGUUCAUGCUGCGCCAAUGGGGGCAGAUUCACACCGUAGCUUCAACUUCAACAAGCUACGCUCUUUUCUGAUCUCCCGAGCCCGAGUUGGAGUUGAGCUGGACUCCGACCAGUUCGUGGGGCCUGGAGUAGACUACAUGUUCGAGAUGACGGAGAAGGAGAUCGAUGAACACUACAGCCUCCCUAUCAUGCCCGUUCAUUUCUACAGCUUUACCCAGGCAGACACACCACAAAAUGUGUGGUGGCAGCGCUAUUGCCCUGAUCCGCCUGCAUGCAAGCCCCACACAAUGCGUUGGAGCCAUGCACAUCCCACCUGGACCUUUUGGUCUUUACCAUUCAUCGGUCGCUGGCUGCGGCGUCAUUUCAGGGACGAGCUUCUACUGGCCACAGCCAACCAUGCUGCAUCUCUUGCAGUGUCGCAAAUUCCGGAAGAUGAAGACUUGCUAAAUGUUGCAACAUGGGAAGAGAGGGGGACGAAGCAGUGGUGCAAGUUCGACAAUGACUACCAUGAGUUUGUCGAUAUGCUCAGUUGGACGCCUCAGGGCGGCCAUCACACUACGACGGGUGACAUUGCAAGCGACCCAAAGUUCUACCCACAUGGUGCAGCAAAAGCCUUCUUUACGGCGCACAAUUGCAAAGAUCCGAUAGCCACUGCCAAGAUGCUGGAUGAGAUCCAAAGUCGUUGGGAAAACGGGCUCUAUCCGCCUUCUACUAUCACAUACAAGGGCCAAUUCUGGGAAUCUGGAGAUGAUCUUCGCAAGGCAUAUCCUGAGCUGCCCUGCAUAUUCUGA